AUGGACAUUCCCAAGAUUAACAUCUACCAUUAUGAAGUCGACAUCAAGCCAGAGAAAUGCUCAAAGAGAGUUAACAGGGAAAUCGUGGAAUACAUGUUCCAGCACUUUAAAACCCAGGUCUUUGGGGCUUGGAAGCCACUGUUUGAUGGAAGAAGGAACCUCUACACCGCGGUCCCCCUGCCUAUCGGGAGGGCCAGGAUGGAGCUGGAAGUUAAGCUGCCGGGGGCGGGCAGGGACCGCUUCUUCAAAGUGAUGGUCCAGUGGGUGUCCUGUGUGACCCUGGAGACCUCCCGGGAGUCACUACCGGGGUGGCUGCCGUUUGUUCACUUGGAGAAGACCCAGGCCCAGGCGGUGGCCAACAGGCAUUUGCCUGCUAUUGGCUACACCCCCGCAAGCCGUUCUGACCGAUGGUUUGACUUCCAUCGGUUCAUCUGGCCUUUUGAGCAAACGAUGUUCGGUAUUGAAGUCUCAACACCCACCUUUUGCAAGGCCUGGCCAGUGAUUGAGUUCGGUUCUGAAGUGUUAGAUCUCGAAAGUAUGGAAGAACAGCAGAGACCACUGACUGAUUCCCAAAGCGUCAGACUCACUGAAGAGACCGAAGGUCUGGACGUGGAGAUCACGUACUACAGGCAGUUGAAGAGCAAGUACCCGGUCUGCGAUGUGAGCCGCUGGCCUGUCAGCCACCAAACGUUCCUGAAGGGGGAGCAGCCGGUGGAGUGUACUGUGGCCCAGCACUCCAAGGACAGUCACAAACUGAUCCUGCACUACCCUCACCUCCCAAGUCUCCACAUCGCACCUAAGCUGAAACAUACCAACUUUUCCCUCGAAUUAUGUGAUCUAGAGGCAGCACAAUGGUGGCUAAAAAUGUUGAUGGACUAUCAGCCUUCAGCCACGGUGGGACUGAUUGCCCGCUCAGCUCCCGGGGGCCGAGCAGAGACGCGCAGACAGAAGUGCAGUGCCGGGUUGAGCACAGACUCACAUGCCUUUGAAUUUGGAAUUGUAUUCAAGGACGAGUUGACUGAGGUGACGGGCAGUGGCCUUCAGCCCCCCUCCGCCUCUGCCUGGGGUGUCCUGAAUGCAUGGAACAAGCAGUUUCGUAUGGGCCUGGAGGUUAAAAUGUGGGCCUUAGCGUGCUUUGUGUCCCAGAACCAGUGCACGGAGGCCCACCUAAAGGCCUUCAUAAAGCAGCUGAAGAAGAUGGCCAGGGAGGCCUGCAUGCCUAUCCAAGGCCUGCCCUGCUUCUGUAAGUACGUCACGGGGGUCGCCACCGUGGAGCCCCUGCUCCGGCAUCUGAAGACCACCCACGUUGGCCUGCAGCUACUUCUGGUCAUCCUGCCUAGCAAGAACCACAUUUUCUCCGAGGUCAGGCGCCUGGGAGCCUCCGAGGUAGGGCUGGUUACGCAGUGCGUGCAGAUGACGGUGGUGCAGAGGCCCACACCAAUGGGGCUGUUUGAGAUCUGCCUGAAGAUCAACACCAGGCUGGGAGAGGUGACCAACAGCCUGCUGCCCCUGGAAAGGCCCCUACUGUUCCAGCAGCCCGUCCUCUUCGUGGGGGCUGACGUCACCCACUCAGCCUCCAGGCAUGGGAGGAAGCCUUCGGUCGCCGCCAUUGUGGGCAGUUUGGACUCCCACUUUAACCGCUACUGCGCCCUCACGCGGAUCCAGCAGCAUGGGGGGGAGAUCCUGCAGGACCUGGUGGCUAUGGUACGCCACCUGCUUCUUCAGUUCUAUAAAUCCACACGCUUCAAGCCCACCUGCAUCUUCUUCUACCGCCUUGGUGCCUUCGAGGGCCAGUUCCAGCAGCUUCUGCACCAAGAGCUCCUGGCCAUCCGCAAGGCCUGUGGCCACCUUGAGAAAAACUACCAGCCGGCAGUCACGUUCAUCCUGGUGCAGAAGCACCGCCACGGACACCGCUCCUGCCACUCCCUCAGGACUGAGCAGGUUGGUGCAACUGGGGGCGAGGAGGCUCCGCAGCUGGAAGAGCUGGACUUCUCCCUGGGCGGUCCGGCUGGCGCCCAGGGCUCGAGCAGUCUGGCCCACUACCGGGUGCUCUGGGAUGACAGUGGCUUCUCUGCCGCCCAGCUGCAGGGCAUCACCCACCACCUGUGUCACACUUACUUGCACUGCACGCGCCCUGUGGCUGUCCCUGCACCAGCCUACUACGCUCACCUGGUGGCCCUUCGGGUCAAGUACCACUUGCUGGAUUGA